AAUCUUUUCUCUCUUUUCUCCUCUCUCCGCUGUCGCUCUCUUUCUAGGAUAGGUAACCUCCUGGUACCUAAUGAUAACUACUGUAAGUUUGAGGACUGGCUGAUGCCCAUUCUGGACCAGAUGGUGCAGGAGCAGAAAGAUGAGGGCACCCACUGGACCCCGUCCAAGAUGAUCCACCGUCUGGGUAAAGAGAUCAACAACCCAGAGUCUGUCUACUACUGGGCCUAUAAGAAUGACAUCCCAGUGUUCAGCCCUGCUCUGACAGAUGGAUCCAUUGGGGACAUGAUCUAUUUCCACUCAUAUAAAAACCCUGGGCUGGUGCUGGAUAUAGUAGAUGAUAUCCGCAGGUUGAACAGCAAGGCAGUGUUUGCCAAACGGACAGGGAUGAUUAUUCUGGGUGGGGGUCUGGUCAAACACCAUAUAGCCAAUGCCAAUCUGAUGAGGAAUGGAGCGGACUAUGCAGUGUUUGUGAACACUGGGCAGGAGUUUGAUGGUUCCGACUCAGCCAGGCCUGAUGAGGCAGUGUCUUGGGAGAUCCGCAUGGAUGCCAAGCCAGUCAAGGUGUACGCUGAUGCUUCCAUAGUCUUCCCACUGCUGGUAGCUGAGACGUUUGCCCACCAUGCUGACAAGCUGAUUCCUGACAAGAAAGAACAACCAAACUAACCAAGGUGUUCCCACUACACCUGUUUUUUGUUUCAUUAGUCAACUGUUGAUACAGCCCCAAAAUGUUUUGCAUGUCAGCAUCAAGUUUUCAAGAUAUAGAACUUUCAAAAGGUUGAUUCACUUGCCACAUCAUGAUAAUGCAUCAUGACAGUGAUCUCUCUGCCACAUCAUGAUAAUGCAUCAUAUGACAGUGAUCUGUCUCUGCCACAUCAUGAUAAUGCAUCAUGACAGUGAUCUGUGUCUAUUUUUAGACAUGAUGUUCUGUUUACGGACUUCUCUCUCCAUUAUUUCAGAAAUAAGUAUUUGCUACGGGGUACAUGUAGCGUAAGUGUUUUUGUUGUUGAAUGACGUGAAUUGCCAUGUACCAAUGAGUUGUGUGUGUAUGCGUGCAUACUGGCACGUUUGAGAAUGACAUUGCUGAGAGACAUUACUAUAUGGUAAACUUAUAAGAUAUGCUAUUUUUUUAAGUUAGUGAGAGGGUCUCUUUAGGGGAUCAUGCACUGUUAUUCAAAGAAAUGCUUACUGAGGUGAAAUGUAUUUAUUUAUUACCUAGUACCUACUCAUGUAUAUCUGAGUAAAUGAAUAAAAACAACCUCAGAAUGUUUCCAUUAUUACAGAAUAAAACAUCUGAUGUUGUCUUA